UUCCUAGUGGAAAUGCCCUUGACUUCGUUUGUUCAAAGAAAUAAUUUAUACUAAAUUUGAAGGGCUUUUAUGAUAAAUGUUGAACUUGUUAACUUAAUAUCAUGUAGGAGAUGCUUACAUAUUACAUUUGUAUAAAACACGUUACAACUUAGGGUUCGUGCUCGUGUGGAUGUGUUAAUUUAACACCUCGGUAUUCCCGCCGUUAAUAAGAAAAUAGUAGUUAUUUUGCUCAGGCACUCAAGUUAUAAAUAGCAAUUUACUUCCAUUUAAUCUAUUUUUAUGUUCAAAAUACAAGAAUUUGAGAAAAAAUUAGGAUCAUUUUAAUUUUAACUAGUAACUCUAUUUCUCUUAUUGUCAAAAACCUAAGAUCUGUCAGAUAGUCCAAAGAAAAAAGAUGAAAGAUCAAUAUCGGACUGGAAGCCCUAUUUAAUUUAAGAUAUCUGGUGGUUUACACCCAAAAGGGGGAAUAAGUAUAUAAAAUUGCAAGAAGCUAUUUAAUUCCGUAAGGAAUUUAUUGUUGUAAAAUGAAUAAAAUAGUGAGUGAACUAAGCAUGAACGAUCUCAAUAUUAAGUUCUUUGAAAUAAUGCAAAAUGAAAAUAAUGCGGAGGAAGCAGCCAGCUUUAUUUUCGAUAGUGUUUUUGACGAUGUUACUUUAGGUUUAAUGUUUGAGUUUCACCAUGGACUUAAAACUGGUCUGACAGAUUUAAUCGAGGGAGAAAAAGAGGAAGAUGAUAGCUUUAAAAUAGUAAAUUCACCAGAAUGCGAUGUUUUUGGUCUAUCAGUGUUAAAAAAGACUCAAGAUACGAACUGCGUCUGCCCGAACUGCGAGAGACCUGUUUCCGCCACCAGGUUCGCACCUCAUUUAGAAAAAUGCAUGGGAAUGGGUCGAAAUAGUUCCCGUAUAGCAUCACGACGGAUUGCAUCAAACAGCCGUGAACCAACUUCAUAUGCUGGACUCCUGAGUGAUGAUGAAGAUGAUGCUGACUGGGCUGGUGGCUCACUUCACACGGAGCGUAGGAAACGCAGGAUCAAGAACAAUGCUAGUAGAAAACCAGCAAAAGUUCAUAAAAACAACAGCAGUCGGACCAACAAUGGUAUCACAAACUCCGACACUAACGAAGGUGGCGCCACAUACGAAACUAUGUCCGCUAACGAGAAGAAAAACCUCCUACUUCAGAUAUGUGGCGUUGUUUCUGAACAUACCAAGAAACUUUGCACAAGAUCAACACGUUGCCCACAACACACGGAGGAACAGCGACGCGCUCUCCGCAACAGUGUUCUAGAACCUUCUACACCGGAGUCUACUAUAUUGACAGCUGAUGACGCAGGCUCCCCGCCUGACUCCAGCCCCUCAUCCUCUUGUUCCUCCUCCAGCCGCAAGCGGGACAGGCACCGAGCACCUCCUAAAAUUAAAAGUAAACGCGAAAGGAAUAUAUCACCUAACGCAAGGGAUUAGAGUUCAUUUUGCUUUAAACGGAUAAAAUUGUAUAUCACUUUAGUAGUAUUAUUUUUGACUGUAAUUUUUUAUGUGAAAAUGACAUUUUGUUAUUGAAUUUUAUGCAUUAUCUAUGAAUUGAUAUUUUGGUUUAAAAUAUCGGCUUUGACUUAACUAGAGGAAUAUAUACUAAAAUUGAAAGAUUUUUUGUAUUUCAGUGUUAACAUUAAUAUUUUUUUUACUUAAAUAAAAUUGUAUUAACUUAAAGCUUUGUGUAUGGACAUAUUUCUGCAAUUGCGGAUGUCUAUGGGCAACGGUCGCUUCGCCAUUUUGGCGGAUUCAGGUGGCCGCUUGCUUGUUUGCCACCUUAUGAUAUAAAAAAAAUCUGACUACAAUAUAUAGCUAUUGAAUGUAGGUUAUAAUGAAAAAGCUUUUUUUAUUUAUAUAUGUAUGUGCCAUAUGUAUAAUUGACUCUUACUGACUUGUCUAUAAAUUUUAUCAAUUAUUUAUAAAUGGGUAUUUCCUUGAAAAUAUAAAAUGCUUUGAGGUUAUGAUCUUAGUGGUAUUUAUGUUUUAAAUAAAUAUUUUAUACUCAGAAUCUUACUAAUAUUAUAAAUGUGAAAGUUUAGAUGGGUGUUUGUUAGAUUUUGUAGCCAAAAUGGCUGAACGGAUCUCGAUGACAUUUGGCAAUGACGUAUAGUGCUACUCGCUUUUUUUAUUCCACGGACGGAAAAACGCUAGUGUUAUAUAAAUAUUUGAAUUACUUAUGUGAUAAUCUCUUAUUCGCUUUGUAUGUUAUAGAAGUAAUUGGAAUAUUGUGUAAUCUGACUGAUGUAAAUACAUUAUGAAUUAAGAAUUUCGAAUAAAUAUGUAAAAAUGU